AUGUCGACAUAUACAUAUCUAAUCCUUCAAAAAUAGCAUAUUUUUUUAUACAAUCCAACGCAAAUACGAUCAUAUUUUUGAACAAUCCAAACAACAUGGACUCGUAUUGUAGUGAUAUUAAUUCUUUGAUAUAUCCUAAUCAUACAUUUGUAGUUUUUAUACUUAUAUAUGGGAAAUUAGUCUCACAGGUUAUCUAUAUUGCUCAGACUCUUCAUAUAUGCUAACAGAUACUCGAAAAGUAAUACAUCUUUACAAGAUCUGACACGAGGGCACCAACAUUUUGCGAUAAUCCAAGCAACAUAGAGGGUAUAGUUACUAUAAAUAAAUGGCAUCUUGAAGCAACAACAUCAAAAAAACACUUCAAAAUUUUGAGGAAAAAAAAAUGGAUUGGGAUUGGAACUAUGUUGUUUGGUCUAUAAUCAUCAUAGUAUCAACAACUCUAAUCAUAGUAUUUUCCAAAAGAAAUUCUUCUUGUUACAAGUUACCACCAGGACCACCUGGAAUCCCAAUUUUUGGCAACAUGUUUGAUCUAGGAGCAUUACCAUAUCAAACAAUAGCACAGUAUAAACAAAAAUAUGGACCUAUUGUAUGGUUCAAAAUUGGCUCUGUCAAAACCAUGUCAAUUUUAUCAGCCAAAACAGCUACUGAGUUUUUCAAGAACCACGAUUUUGUCUUCGCGGAGCGUAAAAUCAUGGACACCAUGUUGGUUCAUGACUACAACCUAGGGUCAUUAGCUAUAGCCCGGUAUGGGACGUAUUGGCGCGUGCUAAGAAGGAUAUGCACCGUUGAAAUGUUCGUGCACAAAAGGAUCAAUGAAACAAUGGAUAUAAGGAGGAAAUGUGUUGAUGAUAUGAUUCAUUGGAUUGAGAAUGAAGUGAGUUCAAAGGAAGUCAAGGGAAGUGGGAUUGAGGUAACGCGAUUUGUGUUCCUCUCAACGUUUAAUAUGCUAGGGAACUUGAUGUUUUCGCGUGAUUUAGUCCAUCCAGGAUCAAAGAAAGCUUCCGAGUUCUUCAAUGCUAUGAUGAGGAUCAUGGUUUUGUCAAGCAUUCCGAAUAUCUCAGACAUUUUUCCAUGUCUUAGGAGGUUUGAUUUACAAGGCUUGAAGAAGAAGAUGCAUCGCGAAAUAGGAAUAGCUCUUGGCAUUGCCUCUACGUUUGUUAAGGAACGAAUGAAGGAGCGCGAACAUGGUGAAGUGAAAAAGAAAGAUUUUUUAGAUGUGUUGCUUGAAUUUGAGGGUAGUGGAAAAGAUGAACCAAGUAAGCUAUCAGAACAUCAGAUCACUAUAUUCAUAUUGGAGAUGUUUUUAGCGGGGUCAGAGACGACUAGCAGCAGUGUAGAAUGGACGUUGACAGAGCUCCUACGCCAUCCUGAAGCAAUGGGAAGAGUAAAAGCAGAGAUAUCUCGAAUUGUAGUUCAAAAGAAGAAGUUUGAAGAAAGUGAGAUUGACAAUCUGCCCUAUAUGCAAGCUGUGGUUAAAGAAGUGUUAAGAUUACAUCCUCCUCUUCCAUUCUUAGUGCCAAGAAGAGCGAUGCACGAUACUAACUUCAUGGGGUAUGACAUACCAGAAGACACUCAAGUGUUUGUGAACGUAUGGGCAAUUGGAAGAGAUCCUGAAUACUGGGACGACCCUUUGGAUUUCAAGCCUGAGAGGUUCCUUAACUCGAAGACUGACUUCAAAGGACAGUGUUACGAGUUCUUACCAUUUGGUGCUGGUAGAAGGAUGUGUGUAGGCCUUCCUUUAGGUAAUCGAAUGUUACACUUUGUUUUAGGCUCGUUGCUUCAUGAAUUCGAUUGGGAGCUUCCUAGUAAUGUCACUCCUGUAUCAAUGGACAUGAAGGAGAGGAUGGGAAUGACAGUGAGGAAAUUCAAUCCUUUGACAGCAGUACCAACAAAAACAUCUGGUUAAGUAAAAAUCGCCAUAUUACUUCUGUUUUUUUAUCUCUGUAUGUAAUGACCAAAUUUAGUACACUUAGGCGGCCUAGUAGACUUCACGGAUUUGCCUUUUGAGCUAUGCUAAAAUCGAAUUCAAAUAAUGGUGUAACAUUGAACUUAUGUUAUGCUUUAUAAAGUUCUUCACUUUCUUCUCAUGUUUCAAUGUAGGAUUCUCAAAAGUUUGUCAGAUUAGAAGCCUAUCGACUCAUGAUUGACCCGCCCUCAUCAUUAUUUUACGAUAUCAUAUUCUAUAUGAUUUGGCAUACACGUGCAUCGAGAAACUAUCUCUGGUUAACCUCAGAGUUUAGACAGAUGCACUAGGAUCCUUCACCAUUUCCAACAUUAGCACAACUUCAAAGAAAAAUUAAAAUACUUCAAAUUAUUUCAUUAGUUAAGGUUAUACAUUUUCAAUUCUAAAUCACAUGGAGCUCUGCAGAAACAAUAUUAAAUAUAGCUGAGUUAAAUGGAGCUGACACUUCCAUGAACUUUGUAUCAAUCUCUAGGCAAUGAAACCAAACUGAUCAUAAAAGCAGAAAAAAAUUGUCCGUAACAAUCAUCGUCUAUAACAACAUUUCACAA